UCGCUGCCGGAACUACUUUGGUUUUACACCGGUUCCGUCAAUAAUUAGGUUCCGUAUUCUCUGUACUAGUUUUGGUUGUACUUGUGCACGGUUAUUGUUUAGGACCUCUUGUUACAUUUGUUAUAUUUGUAAACAGAACUUCAACAGACAAAAAAAAAAGAGGGCAGACAACAAAUACAGAUUGCUACAACAACAUUUGAAGAAAAGACAAAGUGGAUUUUAAAGCUGAAGAAGUUCAUCCACCACUGCUUCUGACUGGACAUGUACUCCAGCUUGACCCUGUCCAUACAAAGAUGUAUCUUUUCCCAUUUAUGGCCUUACUUGAUUGCCAUGCGUGUUUUUAAGUGAUGUUCAACAUGAGCAACAGAUCCCAUUAAGUUGGGAAAAAUUUUCAAGUGAUGUUUCUGCUAAAUGAUUCUUAAAACCUUCAUCUACACUUCCUGUUUACGAAACUACACUACAUUAGCUGAAAACAUUGUAUGCUAAGCAGUAUUUUACAAUUUAGAGUUCAGAGCAUUUGUUUUACUGUCUGCAACAAGAAACCGUUCUUUGUAAACUUUGGAAAAAACAAGAUUUUUUUUGUUCUUAGUUGGUUAUAUGGUCUUUUUUUUGCCCUGCCCUUCUUUACGCAGGACUUGCAUGAUUUAGAGAAUGCCAAUUUUAUCCAUUGUGUUAAAGCCAGCAUUGAAAUUCAUGUAAGACCGAUAACCUGACUGUGCUUAGUUCUGAAGUUUGGCAAGUCAUUUUGAUUCCUAAAAGUCUGUUUUGAUUACAUGCCUUUUAAAAAAUUAGUCUUUAGGACUUUAGAACUCUGCCUGAUAUGUAAAUCACAAAGCUGCAAAUAGAAGAGUGGAAGGGAAGAUGUAUACAGAUGAUUGUUCUAGUGUACUGGGAACAUAUGUAAGGUAACGUCAAAAGGACAGACUUGAAGGCAAAGUGAGAACAUGUCUAGAGUCACAACAGCUCUGGGUUCAAAUACCUUAAAUGGACAGACCAUGUUCUGUCACUUGGAUGCACCUGCCAAUGCUAUUAGUGUACGCAGGGAUGCUACCCAAGUAGUAGUGGCAGGAAGGAAUAUCUUUAAAAUUUACUCCAUUGAAGAGGACCAGUUUAUAGAGAAACUGAACCUUCGUGUGGGGCGCAAGCACUCUCUGAAUUUCAGCUGUGCUGAUGUUGUGUGGCACCAGAUGGACGAAAGCCUUCUGGCAACGGCAGCCACAAAUGGUGCAGUGGUGACAUGGAAUUUGGCAAAGCCAUCUCGAAACAAGCAGGAUCAGCUCUUCACAGAACAUAAACGAACCGUUAACAAAGUAUGCUUCCACCCUGCAGAACUCCAUAUGCUUCUUAGUGGCUCCCAAGAUGGGUACAUGAAGUGCUUUGAUCUCCGGAAGAAAGACUCUGUCAUAACUUUUUCAGGCCAGUCAGAAAGUGUAAGGGAUGUGCAGUUCAAUAUCCGAGAUCAUUUCAUAUUUGCUGCCAGUUUUGAGAAUGGAAAUGUUCAACUGUGGGAUAUCAGACGUCCAGACCGAUGUGAAAGGAUGUUUACAGCACACAAUGGCCCAGUGUUUUGCUGUGAUUGGCACCCAGAUGACAGGUCCUGGCUGGCUACAGGGGGACGAGACAAGAUGGUAAAAGUUUGGGAUAUAAGCACCAACAGAGCCAAAGAGAUGUACUGCGUGCAGACUAUCGCUUCUGUAGCACGGGUGAAGUGGCGACCUGAAAGAAAAUACCACAUUGCCACUUGUUCUAUGAUGGUAGACCACAAUAUCUAUGUAUGGGACAUCCGACGUCCAUUUAUCCCCUUUGCUAUGUGUGAAGAACACAAAGAUGUCACUACUGGCAUUGUUUGGCGCCACCAACAUAAUCCUUAUUUUCUACUCUCUGGGUCCAAAGACAGUACCAUUUACCAACACAUGAUUAGGGAUGCUAGUAGACCAAUUGACCGAGCCAAUCCAGAAGGCCUGUGUUAUGGAUUGUUUGGUGAACUUGCAUUUGCUGCCAAGGAGAGCUUGAUUUCAUCUGACUGUAAUCGCAAACCAUAUAGUUCUGACAAGCGCCCCACUAUUUUCUUUUUUAAGAAGUCAGACCCAACUGAACCAUUUACUAAUGUCUCAAGUGCACUGACCGUUUUUGAAACUGAUCUAGAAAGCUCUUCUAUGGAUUGGUUUGUGCAGACAGCCAAGCAAUUCAUCCUGGCUGGGAGACCUCUAGCAGAUCUCUGUGAUCACAAUGCUAAAGUUGCCAGAGAGUUAAACCGACACCAGGUUGCUCAGACAUGGACUAUGCUUAGAAUUAUUUACUCAGGUCCUGGAACCAUUGCAUCUGCAAACAUGAAUCACAGCAUAGGAAAGGGCACUUCCCUUCCACUUAUUGGCAGCUUUAACCUGAAGGAAAUGGGUUCUGGAUUAGUCGGUGAAUCUUGGUUGGACAGAAGCAAAGGAGAGAGUCGUCAGGAAAAUGCUCACUUGGAUGCUGCUUGUGCUUUGCACAAUAACAAUGAUGAGAAUGAGGAUUCCGAUGGCAGUGAUGUUCCAGUGGAUUACAUUCUGGGAGAUGUAGAUGGGGAUGAAGAUGAGUUGUAUGUGAUGGAUCAUGAAAACCCACACACUGAGGAGCAGGAUUACACCCUUCCACAGGAGGCCUUUCCCCUACGCCACGAGAUUGUGGACAACCCUUCAACCCCUGAUCACCUGCAGGAGAAGGCCGACUCUCCUCACGUCAGUGGGAAUGAAGCAGAGAUAGCAUGCCUGACACCCAUAGAGUCCUUUUCACUAAUCUCCAUCUCUCAGCCCCUUUACGACAAUCGCUUACCUUCAGACUAUUUCAACCCCAUUGUGAAGGAGAUGCUUCAUUUCUAUGCAGAGCAAGGUGAUGUUCAAAUGGCAGUCUCUGUACUCAUUGUGCUGGGUGACAGGAUAAGAAGAGAGAUUGAUGAGCAGACACAGGAACAUUGGUAUACAUCCUAUGUUGACCUUCUUCAGCGCUUCAGGCUCUGGAAUGUGUCAAAUGAGGUGAUUAAACUAAGCACAUGCAGUGCCAUCAGUUGUUUGAACCAAGCAUCCACCACACUGCAUAUCAACUGCAGCAACUGCAAACGACCAAUGAGCAACAAAGGCUGGAUUUGUGACAGGUGUCGACAGUGUGCCAGUAUGUGUGCUGUCUGCCAUCAUGUAGUAAAAGGCUUGUUUGUUUGGUGCCAGGGCUGUAGCCAUGGUGGGCAUCUACAGCACAUCAUGAACUGGUUACAGACAAAUAUACACUGUCCUGCUGGCUGUGGUCAUCUCUGUGAAUAUACAUGAAGAGCAUAGAUCCAUGGAAAGGGAACGUAGUUAUCUUUUAUAAUAAUAAUCAUUUACUGAGGUUUUGGAGUGCUUUUCUGUCAUGCGAGAUAAUUUGACUUCUUCAGUGUGCUGCAGCAUGCUGCAUUUUGUUCAGUAAGGAAGUCUUUUAUAGACCAUGACUGUGUGUCAUUAGGCAAUUGUUUCUUCUAAAUUCUAAUCUAAUUAAGUGAAGGAAUUCACAUGCAGUCCAUUAUGUCCUCUGUAUGGUUGUUGUAUUUCCUGGUACUCUACAUUGAUACUGUCAAGAAAUGAUUUCAAGUACUUUUGUUUUAAAAGACAUUAAUAAAGUGUAAAUGAUACAAAAUCCAAAGCCUUUAACAGCUUGAACAUUAAAAUGCUUACAGAGAAAUGUUUUUUGUAAUUUCUUUGGGACUUGGACAUUAAGUAUACUGACUUUUCCUUGUAUAUGUUUGACUGUGUAUCUUGAUUCACCUAUGUACACAUUUAAUCAAGAGUGCUGCAGGUUUUACAAGUAUAUUUAAUCAGUGUAAGCAGGUAUGUUAAACAGAUACAGUACUUCUGUAUGUUGUCACCAUUUUGUGUUAUCUGCAGAAGGAGUUAAAUUUCUUUAUUUCAUACAAGACUAUUUCUUACUUUGGAGGCAUUGUUGCCAAGGAAACUUGGUACGUAUGUAUGCCUUCUGUCUUUGUGUAUUUUCCCAAGAACAGUAAACAACAGUGGGUUUAUGUCUCA